AUGAGGCCCGGGCGGCUGCCCAUCCGACAAGCAGCACCGUCCAUCACACCCCAGCGAGCCAAUUACUCCCCAAUACCGCCCCUAGACAAAAAGAACGACGACCUAGGAGGCCCAUAUGGACAGGAGCCCCCCAACACCGAGCACAGGCAGAAGCAGAACCGGGGGUUCGCCUUCCGCGCGGCAGCAGCCAUCGGCCUGGCCCUCGGCGUCGUCUCGCUCUUCUCCGUCUUCGCGACCCCGAGGCAGAUCGCCCAGCACCAGAUCGAGAACGACAAGGUCAUCGGUGCGCCCACGUCCAACACGGGCAAGGCCCUCGCCGACCUCAAGCGCCGCGACGGCGUCAAGACCUCCCACCAGCUGCACCAGGAGCAGUCGGGCUCGAGCAUCCUCGGGACCAAGUGA